UGUAACAAACAUAACCCAUAACCAUCGCAGCAACGAACGAAGACGGAUGGAUGUCUCCUGCAGUCUCUACUCUCCACACGCGUGUAUAAUAAACGUAGUCUGUAUACAAUAGAAAAGGGCAAUCGGAAUCUAAGUUAACGUUUUGUGCUUAGUAAGUGUCGUGAAUCGGACAAUAAUAGUGCUAAAAUCUAUGCUUCUGUGACGUGUGUGUGUACGGCUUCUCCCUACUCUAAAGCAAGCCUCGUGGCCGUCCAGUCGCAUCCGCUUUUAUCGCUGUAAUCAGCACUCCCUUAAAGGUUACGUAACUUCUCGAGCACGAGUCAAACGGGGACAAUGGCUGAAGCUGUCAUCCCUUUUUCUACAGAUGAAGCUUUCGAUGAUCUGACAGACAAAGACAGAACUGCUGAACUAUCCGGUUAUAUUUGUUGGAUUAAGGCCGCAACCAGUGUUGGCGAGCUGGGGAAAUAUCGUCUAUUAAAAUUUUCUCUGACAAAUGACAGCAAGUAAGUACACUGUUGCAUAUGGGGACAACCGUUGAUUGAUGUGCAUAACAACGAUAUCAUCAUGAACCGAAGGUUGCAUAUUGAUGGUGCUCUUUGCAAGAGUUCAAGGAUUUCAUUCGCAAUGGAAAAUGAGGGAUACGUUCCCUUCGAUCUCGUGAUUCAACCUACAACCAUGCUAACUUUCUCUGGAAUGUUUGAACAAGAAAUACCAGUGCCAAUAGAGGUUUUACCAACAGCAGUUACGUUUGAAAACAUCAAUCAGGCUGAAGGCCUGAUAUCCAUUGAUGGAUUUGUGAGGAUGAAGUUUACUAUGAUCCCCAGUCGUUUUGAAAACGCCAGUUAUGGCUGCGGAUCAAUAACUGAUGGACGCUCUAAAUUAACUGUCAACAUUACAAACUUCAUUGUAGUUGACAACAUUCAGAAAGGUGUAGCCGUAAACGUAGUUGGAACAGUAGAUGCCACUAAUGACUUUUCAGGUACACUGUGCAUUACGUGCAACAACAUGAACGCUAUUACCCUCAGGGACAACACUCCAGCAAUGUCGGAUGCAGACUUAGCCCAAGGUGGAAAACCCCUAAAGCGGCUAGCUCCUGUAGGUUAAGCCUCAUACCUCAAUUUUUAUAGUUCGUAUUUUUUCGUGUGUGUUUACGUAUUGAGAUUAUGGUAUUACAAUGAGAUUUAUUGUCCUUGGAAAAAAUCAUUCCAAAAAAACCAUAAUUUACAUUUAUUUUGUUUUGUUCAAGUUCGACGUUAAGCAUGUGAUUGUUUAAUAUUUGCUAGAUUAUCAAAGAUAACGUUUUCGAGUAUUAAAUAAAAAUACAUAAGAUGAUUAACUAUGGACCAAUAAGUUCAUUUAUAACUUUUAAGCUUUGUAAGCUUACAUUAAUUUAUUGAUUGAUCUUCUUUAUAUAGCAAAAUAUGUAUUGUUAGCAAUAUAUAGAACAUGUGAUGUAGCGGUUAAGUAUUUUUAGUGGAGCUAUAAAGAUUAAUCAAUAAAUUACUGUAUGUAAUUUUUAUAAGAAUUAUCUAUGAUAUUUUUUAAUGAAAAAUAUAUUUUUAAAUAUAUUAACUAUUUAAAUCUGUAAUACUGUAAAACACCUGUUUAGCCUGCGGCUACAAUAAAAAAAUUCUUGGUUUGAAUGACAAUGGACUCGAUACAAACUUUAUUAUUUCAUUGCAGCUCGUACAGAGGCCAUGGUCAUUUAAACAAAGGGUAUUAAGGUAUUAUUACACAACAAAAAUGUUAAAUAAUGACUAAUGAUGGACCAAUAAGGCCAUUUAUAAUGUAACAUAUAUGUAAGCUUAUAUUAAUUUAUUGAGUAAUCUUUCUUUAUAUAGCAAAGUAUAUAUAUAGAUAUAUAUAGAAACAGUACAUGUGAUAUAGCGGUUAAAUUGUAUAAGAUAGAGCUAUAAAGAUUAAUCAAUAAAUUAUUAUAUGAAAUGAUUUGAAAGGUUUAUAAAACUCAUCUUAUUUAAAAAAUGUCAAUAAACUAACAAUGUUGUUUUUAUUUAUUUCCGCCUGUAUAAUCAAGAGACGAACAAUUGAUAUCGUCAUCUGACACACAAACAUUAAAAAAAUUAUCUAAUUUUUACAUGUAUGCUUCUCUACAUUUUUUCAAAUAAUAGCUAAUUUGGAUUGAGAAAAGGAACAUGCCACGUUCUCAUUCUUUUUCGAUCUGUUAUAUUCUCUUUUUCUUUCCUUAUACUUAUACUAGAAAUAGUUUAAAUGGUUACGAUCAACAAGAUUUUUAGUAAGAAAGGUACUUUCAUGUAUUAUUUAAGUAUAUUUAUACACAGGAAACAUACGAUUUUUAUCUCAUGUUCAAGUGAGGCUACUAUUUUAUAUAGUUUAUUAUUCAAAUCUAAAAUGAGCUUUGCCAUCAUAUGAGGCCCUGUACAUCAUAAAUAUAAUAAUUAUCAUUACUGUUAACAAUUAUUCUAUUCAUCACAAAAAGCAUAAGCGUAUUUUAAAUAUAAACGCAGAUUGUAGUGAGUUUCGGAACGUGACAGGUCCGUUAUUACAUGCAAACUGAAAACGAUGGUCACGUGACUCACAGAAUUGGCGCAGAAAAAUCAAUAACUACCUAUAUCACUGUCAUGGCGGCAGCAUUGCAUGUACGGACUUUGCAUAACGAAUAACGUGUCUCAUUAAAUGCAAAAAAAGUGUUGAAAAUUUGUCAGUGUACGAUCCCUCCAAUUAAUUAUAACAGUUUUGCUGUAGUUUAGUGGUCUGGACUCAGGCUAAACCAAGUUUUAUUACAAUACACGUCAUAUAUCACCACGUGUAUUGUAUUUUAGCCACUGUGGAUCUAUCAUCUUCCACGAGGCGCCAAACAUUAGCUUCUCAUUACAAAAUUGAGAAUUGGCAACCAAAUCGCUGAAAGAAGUAUACGUAGUAAAAGUAACUGGAAACAAAUUUUUGUUAUUGUUCUUGGCUAAAUCCUGCUCAUCUAUAUCAAAGCUACGUGAAUAUAAUUGUAUACAGCACGAGUGUCUUACUACUUUACGUGUUCAUCACAAGUGCUAAAUUCUGUUUUUGGGGUGAAAAUAAACGGCUGAAUAGUAACAAAGUUCCUGCAACUAUAAAUCUUUCUAGAAGAUACAAUAGCCUUAUUAUUCCUGUUAUUAUUGAAACCAAUAUUUUUUGUAUAAAAAAUAACAAAAAUAAUAUUUGAAUAUAUAA